AUGGGUCUAGGAAAGACAAUCCAGGCCAUUGCAAUUGCUUACUUCUAUAAAGAGGAAUGGCCUCUUUUAAUUGUGGUGCCUUCAUCCCUGAGGUGCUCAUGGACAGAAGAAAUAGAGAAGUGGAUUCCAGAGUUAGAACCUGAAGAAAUCAAUGUUAUUCAGAAUAAAACUGAUGUUGGGAGAAUAUCAACCAGCAAAGUGACAGUUCUGGGUUAUGGUCUUUUAACCACAGAUGCAUUGACUUUGAUAGAUGCACUGAAUAAUCAGAACUUUAAAGUAGUUAUAGUGGAUGAAUCACACUACAUGAAGUCCAGAACAGCAACCCGCACCAAGAUUUUAUUGCCAGUGGUACAGAAAUCAAGACGUGCCAUUCUUCUUACAGGAACUCCAGCUUUGGGAAGGCCUGAAGAGCUUUUCAUGCAGAUUGAAGCUCUUUUUCCACAAAAAUUUGGAACAUGGACUGACUAUGCCAAAAGAUACUGUAAUGCACGUAUCAGAUAUUUUGGUAAAAGACCUCAGUGGGAUUAUAGAGGGGCAUCAAAUCUUAAGGAACUUCACCAUCUAUUAAAUGACAUAAUGAUUAGAAGAUUAAAGACUGAAGUUUUAACCCAGCUGCCCCCUAAAAUCAGACAGCAUAUUCCAUUUGAUCUUCCCGACAAAGCAGCCAAGGAUUUGAAUACCAGUUUGGAAGAGUGGAAAAAAUUAAUGAGAUCUCCAAAUCCAGGUGGCACAGAGACUGUUCUGGGCUUGAUUACUCGCAUAUUUAAACAGACUGCUAUUGCCAAGGCAGGUGCAGUAAAGGAUUAUAUUAAGAUGAUACUUCAGAAUGAUUCACUUAAGUUUCUGGUUUUUGCUCACCAUUUAAGCAUGCUCCAAGCUUGCACAGAAGCAGUCAUUGAAAACAAGACUCGCUACAUUAGGAUAGAUGGAAGUGUUCCAUCUUCAGAAAGGAUACAUCUGGUUAAUCAAUUUCAAAACGAUCCUGAUACUCGUGUGGCUAUUCUAAGCAUUCAGGCUGCUGGUCAGGGUUUAACAUUUACUGCUGCAAGUCAUGUUGUAUUUGCUGAAUUGUACUGGGACCCUGGACAUAUAAAACAAGCAGAAGACCGUGCUCACCGAAUUGGGCAGUGCAGUUCUGUGACUAUUCACUACCUUAUUGCAAAUGGGACUSUGGACACCCUUAUGUGGGGAAUGCUGAAUCGAAAGGUCCGGGUCACUGGGAGCACAUUAAAUGGUAGGAAGGAACAGCUUCAGGCUGAAGAAGAUGAUAAGGAAAAAUGGGAUUUCCUGCAUUUUGCUGAAGCAUGGACUCCAAAUGACAAUUUUGAAGAGCUCAGGAAGGAAGUUUUGUUCACUCAUUUUGAAAAAGAAAAACAGCAUGAUAUUCAAUCAUUCUUUUUACCAAAACCUAAAAAGAGACAGUUGGAGACCUCCUGUGAUGAAUCAAGGAUAUUUCAGGAGAAAAAUACCAUAGUGGCAUCGAGGGAUAUCAUUGAUUCUGAACAUAAUUUUGAACCUGAAACUAAAAGAUUGAAAUCAGUCACCACCCAUGACUGCAAUAGCCUACCAGAGGAGAAACCAUCUAGGCCUGGACAAACCAAAGCCAAACUCAUGGAACAUGUCCAUAAGGCCAAGUCCCCGACAACCACCCCAACCCCUCUUGGAAAGGAUUGGCAGUGUGGUUUCUGCACCUAUAUCAAUAAUUCACUGUUAUCUUAUUGUGAAAUGUGUGAGAAUCCUCAAGGCAGUGCUGACAGCCUCAACCAUAUCCAGGACAAAAACAAAAAUGAAGAAGAUGAUUCUCAAAUAGACAUCUCCAAAAAAGUACAAGCUAGCUUAGACUGUGACAAACAAGUCAUUGCACAGUCUGACCCUAACCAGUUGGCUAAUAGCAAGGAAGAAAUGUCAGAAGUUGAGAGGGAAGACAAGCUCAUGGCCCAAUCAGGUAAUGAGCAGUUGAAGAGUUCAGACAUUCUGCCAGUAUAUGAUACCUUAAUGUUUUGUGCAAGUAAGAAUACUGACCGGAUUCACCUCUAUACUAAGGAUGGAAAACAGAUGAACUGUAAUUUCAUUCCUUUGGAUAUAAAAUUAGACCUUUGGGAAGACUUACCAGCAAGUUUUCAACUGAAACAGAAUCGCUCACUGAUUUUGCGGUUUGUUCGAGAAUGGAGUAGUCUAACUUCCAUGAAGCAAAGGAUAAUAAGAAAAAGUGGGCAGUUAUUUUGCAGCCCCAUCCUUGCUUUGGAAGAGAUCACAAAGCAACAAAACAAACUAAAUAGUACCAAACGAUAUAUAACCAAAGAAGAUGUUGCUAUAGCCUCGAUGGACAAGAYGAAGAAUGAUGGGGGCCAUGUCCGUCUGAUCACAAAGAAGUCUGGGCCGUGCGUCUAUUCCACAAAAAACCUUCUUGAAGAUGGAUCCUGUGUCCCACUUCCAAAUCCCUCCACAGCACCAGCUGAUCUCAGUAUAGCCAAAGGCUAUUUGCAAGCUGUGGAUAAUGAAGGAAAUCCUCUUUGCCUUCACUGUCAGCAUCCCACUUUCCAAACUAAGCAAGAGUGUAAAGCAAAUGCUUGGGAUUCACGGUUUUGCUCCCUGAAAUGUCAGGAAGAAUUUUGGAUUCGAUCUGAUAACAGUUAUAUGCGAGCCAAAGUAUUUGAAAUUGAACAUGGUGUGUGUCAGCUAUGUAAUGUGAAUGCACAAGAACUCUUUUUAUGUCUGAGAGAUGCACCUUUAAGCCACAGGAAGAAUCUUCUGGAUGCUACCUGGACCUCAAAGCUCCCAUUGGAACAGCUAAAUGAAAUGAUAAGAAACCCAAAGGAAGGACAUUUCUGGCAGGUGGAUCACAUCAAGCCAGUGUACAAGGGAGGGGGACAGUGCACCCUAAACAACCUGCAGACUCUCUGCACAGUCUGUCACAAAGAGAAAACUGCUAAACAAGCCAAGGAAAGAAGCCAGAUGAGAAGACAAUCUCUAGCAUCAAAACAUGGAUCAGAUAUAACACGAUUUUUGGUAAAGAAGUAAAGUAGGAAAAAAUAUAUGAAUGGAUGAGAAAUUGUCUACAUGU